AUGCGCCUCUCAACCAUCCUCCCUCUCGCCUCCGCGGCGAUUCUCGCCUCGUCUGCCGUAGCGCGCCCCGUUUCCUACAUCGCCUUCCGCGACGACGCUGACCUUGCGGAGCGGGCUCUUGGCGAUCUGCAGGUACUCUUCGAUCGGGGUUACUUUGGCGAACAGCUAUCCGUACGCACGGAAGGCCCUCCACACCCAGGAACGUUCCCCCAACGGGGUGCUCACCGUGGCAUGGAUGGGCUGAAAGCUCACACAGCAGAGCGCGAAGACUGGCACGAGCGCGCUAGGGCGCAUGAGGCCGGACAAAAGGCGGCUAAGAAGGCGGCGAAGGCGGCUGCGAAGGCGGCUAAGAAGGGGGGUAGCCAGCCUGCCGGUGCGCAGGGGGUUAGCCAGCCUGCAAGUGCACAGGGGAGUAGCCAGCCUGCACAGGGGAGCAGUCCUCACGUCAAGAAGGUGGGUAGCCGCCCGAAGGCUCAAAGUAAGAAGUGGGUGGCACCUAAGAGGGACUGA